AUGGACUGCGAAGAGCUGAAAGCAGGCCAACAAAUACUACAGGCACAAAAUUCGGAUCUUAAAGAAGAGAUAACUACCUUGAAAACUCAAAUCAACCAACCGUCGUGGGCAUCGAUCGCCGCCAUAGGUGCGGGUGAACACCCCCCCAACCCCACACCACCCCCGCCCUCCAAGCCAAAGAACAGGGACCAGAAGGACGCGCUACUAUGCAUCCGGAUCAGCACAGUGAUCACACCUACGCCUAGCGACAAGACGGAAGACUCUCUCACAAGAUACCUGCCAGCAGAAGAAGUCAAAAACCGAGUGGUAAAGGCACUGCGCAAGAACAAGCCAACAGAAGCUGCUGAAAUUGAUGAAGCCUUGAAGGAAGCAGCCAACAAGAAUAGUGAAUGGUUAAGGGACCUGGGCGACCAGACAAAAGUGGUCAGACCACAGUUCGGGAUCGUGGUACACCGCACGCCGACCCGCGAGAUUAACCUGACAGAUGAUAAGGCCAGAAGCAUCACCAAAAUAACAGAAGAAAAUGAGCUCACAGAUAAAGGGUUCAAAAUUGUGAAUAUUGCAUGGCUCAAGAGAAGGGACUCCGACCUGAGAGUGUCUGCGUUGCUUGGAAUCUGA